CGUUUUUCAUCGAGUGUUGUUUUGUUUUCCCUGACCUUAUUUCUUCUGCGUCCAACGUCUAAAGUUUUGUUUUUUUUAAUCUUUGUUUCACUGCUUCGUAGUCAAAUUUAAUAGAACAAUGCAUUACCAAGCUGCUGAGUACUCGUGGGGUUACUAUAUGCCGGUGAGGAGCAUUGGUCCUGACCCACUGGAACGAGUGGUGAGGCUGGCCUCCGAGAGCGCGGUGGUGAUUUUCAGCGUCAGCAGCUGCUGCAUGUGCCACGCUGUGAAGAGGCUCUUCUGUGGUAUGGGCGUGAACCCGACGGUGUACGAGCUGGACCAGGACCCAAGAGGCAAAGAGAUCGAGAGGGCGUUGGUCAGGCUGCUCGGAAACUCUCCUGGUUCUGUGCCUGUGGUUUUCAUUGGAGGGAAGCUGAUUGGUGCCAUGGACCGAGUCAUGGCUUCCCACAUUAAUGGGACCCUAGUCCCACUUCUCAAGGAGGCUGGAGCCCUCUGGCUCUGAGGGUGACAGAACAAGUUAGACCCCCCCAGGAAUUUGGAAUUUAUACAUACAGAGGAAAGAAAAUGAUGGAGCGGGUUUGAUUUUUAUGAUCUCCAACGUCAGAUACAUUAGUGUCUUGUUGACGUUGAUUUUCCUGCACUAAUCUUUGAUAUAAAGAGCUGAUUAAUCUCUAACUUGUGUAGUACUGGAUAUUGCAUGGA